CACAACAUCCUGUUUCAACAGGAAGUACAUCACCUUUAAGGAAGCUCACUUCUUGAAAUGCUGUUCAAAACCAGCUCCUUGCUGUGGAGAAGCCAGCUGAUCCCAGCCUGACAGCAUAUGAGACUCCAUCAACCACAAGACGCUGCACCCUGUGAACCCCGAGGAGGGAUGGAUGGACUUUGGCACCGGCUCACUACGAUGAAGCCCGACAGUGAUGCAGCUGUGCCUGGUGGACGUUCUCUGAGGAUUUAGUGGUAUAGGAGUUCUUGGUUCGAGUGUCUGCCAACGUUAUUAACACAUCCAACAUUUCAAGCAACCUCCAAGCCCACGACAUGUGAAGAUUUUCCCUCCCUACCUCAUCUCUUCGUUGACAUGCUUCAUAUCGGCUGGCGUAUCACAUUCGUGGGGGCCCAGUCAGCUUUAAUCACACUCCCUCCUCGUAGUGCUUCCAGCAGCCAUCGCUGUAACUGUGGAAAAACCAGGAGAAUGCAGAGGUGUGCAGGUGAGGCUCUCAGAUGGAGUCAGUGAGUGAGCAGGUCCGUGGAGGUGGAGGUGAGGAGGAGGAGGAGCAGGCAGGAGCAGAGGAAGCCAUGCUGUGGUCCAUCCAGGAGGCUCUGGAGAGGCAGACCCUGCAGAUAGGAGUAUCAGCCUGCGGGGCCACGGCGGUGGUGGAUGUGUUGAAGGCCCUCGGCGUGGACGUGGCCCCAGAGGAGGCUGACCGCUGCGUCCAAACCCGCCUGAGGAGGAACGAGUCCCCGCUGCCUGACUACCUGCUGUCCCGGAGCGAAGCUGGUGCGACUCACGCUCAGCUCAUCGCGGGAGCGGAGGAAGCCAGUGAAGGGAAGGUUAUAGGUCGCUUCUUCCACCUUCACCCUCGCCGGCAGGUCAAACUAGUCCCCUGGCUGGCACGCUGGAUCCAGAAAGGCGCCGUUCCCAUAGCGACUAUGAACAUGCAGCUGGUUGUACCCGAGGGAGAGGAGGUGCCCGACGCCUGGCACCAUCAGCUCAUAUUUGGAGUUGCACCCACUGCUGUUUUCAUGACCAAUCCUUUAGAUUUAGUAAGCGAGGGAGAAGUCCACCAGCGACUCUGCAGCGAAUCUGUGCUGCUGAUUCGCCGAGAAGACGUGCUGCAGCGACUGACGCCAGAUUGCUGCCUGUCCGACCUCUCAGAUUGCCAGUCUGACCCGCGGUGGAAAGCAAUGGAUGUCGAAGGUCAAGUGAGACAGAUGGCCCUGGAAGAGGAGCAGGGACAAGUGAAGUUAACCCACAUUACAAUCCCUGCAGCGUACAGCUCAGGCAUCACGCUCUUCGCCCGACGACAUUCAGAGUUAGGACAAGAACUCCUCGACGCUCCUGAACUUCCUGUGUUGUGACCGGACUGCCACACAUGAACUCGAAAUAAGCAUGAAGACUCGUGUUGUGUUGUGAUAAGACUCAUCUGCUGUGUU